AUGGACCCUGACAAGCCUGACUUGUUCUUAGGGCUCAUCAAUGAACUCGAGCUCCUCGCUGGCAAGAACACUCUGAAAAACUUCAUGUUCAACGAGGUCAUCACCCACAAGGCCUUCCCGCAUCUCGAGCGCUUUGACCUCGAAUUCUGGGUCUAUUGCCAGGAGAGGUAUGAUGGACCAUUUGCUGCAUACAGAUCUAGGUUGGAGGACGACUGGGCUGAGCGCAACCGGAUUCAGUGCCCUGGAGUAUCUGUGAUACCAGGACUGAAAUUUGACUGUGAUGUGGUUAUUAGAGGCUUUGCGCAAAGCCAGCUGGAGCCAGUGGUGGCUCAAAUGCAUUGCGCUGAGACCUUUAGCCAGCAGAACCUGAACAUCAGACCGAUGAAUGCCAUAUAUUAA